AUGAACCCCCUCCUCCAGAAGAACAAGGUCGACGUUAAGUCACUCUCCCCCGAGGAGCAGCGCCUUUUCCGCCUCUACGGCAAGCUACCAUCCCGCUCCGACCACUUCGCCAAGCAUCUCAAAGACCGCAAAUACUUCGACUCUGGAGAUUAUGCCAUGUCCAAGGCUGGCAAAGGCGACGGCGUCGAUGCAGGCGCCGUAGGCUCGCAGCAUCCCGUACCAGAAAACAUCCCCCACCUUUCGUCUCCUAUCGGCGGACCUGGCAGUGUGCCGAAGCACCUUGGAGCCAUUCCCGGUGGCAUUCAAGCUGGAAGCCCAGUCAAGGAGAGCAGCUUCCUUCAUCGCGAAACAACACUCGAGGGACAGCAGACCCCAGAGACCGGCGACGCUGCGGCCGUAGAGGCGCCUGAAACAAGGGCAGCCCCGACAAACGAGCCACUCGCAGGCGGAGCCGGAAUUCCCAUCCGAAGAUAG